GCACUGCCCUUUUCAUCGAACAUAGUCACUCUUACCGUCACUCUUACCGGUAUCGUUUUCAUAUCAAUGCCCUUAUUUUCAAGAAUAUUUAGCAAGCUAGCGAGUCGAUAUCGUAGCAUCUGCUUUCCAAAAUUCGUACGGCUACGACUGACACUCCAUCGUUCAGCAUUGCGGGUAGCAUAAACAAUCUCAUUUAUUUGAAGCCUUGCAAGGGGUUCUGCAUUUAUUGAAUAGGAGCGAAAUAGUUUGAAAUGAUGAAGUGAAACCACAUUACCGAUGUGCAUUUUCUUUAACCGGGCACCUUGAUGGUCCAUGGAGUGCCGAGAUGAAACUUAAUGACGACGACUUGUUCUGGAAACGGCCCAUUGCGCUGAGAGGUUUGUAGAGGCCCGCUGCGAAUAUUUCAUCAUACGUGAUCCCCCUCUCGUGCAGUGCGCUUUUUGGCGCGUUGCAAGAAGAGCUGCUCACCCGACCGCCGUUGGGUCAAGUGACUGCGCGCGGGGGGGUCGAUAAGGCUGCCAAAAGAGGCCGUGUUUUGUCUGACCACGUGUCCUCCGCGGCGCGGUGACAAUGGCGCGCCGCCUGGCCGAUAGCGGCGGCCGAUAGCGUGUGGCUGUUGCCACCGCACUUCCGGACCCGACGCCCACACAGCGCUGGUUGCUGCCAUGCACGUGUACUACAGGACUGUCGUCGUCGUGGAUGCGUGUCUGGUCGACCAAAAAUGCGAGCGAGGCGAUGGCUCCACCGAGCAGCGCAAGUUCAGCCUAGACCCGCAGAUCACAUCUUUCGAGGUGCUGCAGAGCCUCCUGGCCAGAGCAUUUGACAUUCAAGGGGAAUUCACGGUGAGCUACCUGGCGCGUGAUGACGAAGGUGGCGACGCAUACCUGGGCCUGCUGUCCGACUGGGACCUGGACGCUGCCUUCCUUAGCUCUUCUGAGCCCUGCCUCAAGCUGCGCGUCGAGCCCAAGCCUUACGACAAAAGCCUUGCGGAAUGGGACGUUGUCACUCCAGGCGACAUGGCCAAGGCACCGCCAAAGCCAUCUCUCACCGGCACUCUCCUCAGUCAGAUGGAGAAGACGCUGAGCCGGUUCCAGAGAGUGCUCAACCUGGCCGCCUUGCAAGAGUCUGGCGACUGCACACCGCCCCCACUUGGAGACCGCGAGUUUCGUGCCUGCCUGGACGGGGAAGGACGGCUGCUCAAGCCACGUGAACUGCGGCUCGCCAUCUACAAGGGCGGAGUUGAGCCAUCACUUCGGAAGGUAGUGUGGAAGCACAUCUUGAACGUGUACCCAGACGGGCUAACAGGCCGAGAACGGCUAGCGUACAUGCGCCGCAAGAGUGACCAAUACGUGCAGCUGCGCACUGCAUGGAAGGCGCUGCUGGACAAGCCGGACUACAGCGGUGACAUCCAACUGGUGACAAACAUGGUGCGCAAAGACGUACUACGCACCGACCGCACAAACCCGUUCUUCGCGGGUGGGGACGACAACACCAACGUGGUCUCGCUCUUCAACUUGCUCACCACUUUUGCCCUCAACCACCCGGCACUCUCGUACUGCCAAGGCAUGAGUGACUUGGCCUCCCCUUUGUUGGUGGUGAUGCGUGACGAGCCACAUGCGUACGUGUGCUUCUGUGCGCUCAUGCGGCGCCUAGCACCCAACUUCAACUUGGACGGAGAGGCAAUGACGCUCAAGUUCCAGCAUUUGUCCGACCUCGUCGAGCACUUUGACCCAGUGUUCUUCAGGUACCUCGAGGAACACGGUGCCCAGGACCUGCUCUUCUGCUACCGUUGGCUGUUGUUGGAGCUGAAGCGCGAGUUCGCCUUCGACGAUGCGCUUCGCAUGCUUGAGGUGCUGUGGAGCUCCCUGCCGCCGUUGCCUCCGGAGGGCGAGUUGCCAUUAUUCGAGCGGCCCUACCAGCUAGACGGUGAGGGCCCGCCGCCGCCACGCGUAGUAUCCGCCAACCCGUACAGCAAAGUGCGUGCCAUUCGUCGCCAGAGCUCACCUGUAUUGCGCGGAGGGCCGAGCAGCGAUGAUGAAGACGAGGCAUACGAGCGUGACCUGGACGGUGGCUGGUGCAACGGCGGUGGCUCCGACUCCGACGACAAGCCGUCGAACAAUACUAGUGAGGGCUACGUGUCUGAGGGCGCGUCAUCUCGUGAGGCUUCGACUGACGACUCCUCGGGUGUUGUGCCGUGGACCGCUAAGCCGAAGACAUUGCCGCGGCCGCAAGAGCUUGGCGGCGGCAACCCCUUUAUGAUGUUCUUGUGCCUGACACUGCUUAUGCAGCAUCGUGAUGUGAUCAUGCGCAAUGGCAUGGACUACAACGAGCUGGCCAUGCACUUUGAUAAAAUGGUGCGUCGACACCACCUGCAGAAAGUACUGCAUCAGACGAGGGCUCUGUACGCUGAGUACCUGCGCCUCGGUUGGGACGAGCAUGUGUGAUUUCACCGUUGUGAGACUAUCCAUGCCAGUGCAGGGCUGCCAAUGCACCCUGACUCACUCUUGAACCGGUGAUGAUACGUCGGGCGCAGCCAUGACAUGAUGAUCUGUGAUACUGAGUGCGCAAUUACAGUAUUGCCUUCGCUAAGAACUCGAAUUAUGUAAAUUUUUGCAGGCUUGAAGAAAAAAGAAACAGUGUGAAAGAGAUGAGGACGACAAGAAGACAGGUACAGUGGACAGGCGCUAACUUCCAAAUAAAUUUUAUUUGAAGAAACAAGGUUUAUAUACAUGAAGAACGAAUUGCACCACCGUGACGUCAUGAAUGAAUGAAUGAACAACUUUAUUUGUCAGGAUUAAAACCCUGCAGGAUCUGCGGGGGUGGGCGGCGACAGAGACAUCUACUCGUGGUAAAGCCCCAUCACCUCGACGGCCCAGCGCAGGACGUCGUCCUGCACUGGGCACCAGGCACCUGUCGACAAAGAGAUUGCCUCUCUGUUGCGACCGUGACGUCAUGAACUGUCUGUUGCAAUAGAAAGGCAAUCUCUGUGUCGACAGGUGCCACUGAUGGGCAACUGAUGCAUAUGCCCUCGGCCCUCGCAAUGUAAAAAGCUUCUAGUAUCUCCCUUUCUGGUCUAUCUCCGGAACGUGCCAGAGACUUGGUGUGAUUAAGGUGUGGACGGCAUUUGUGAUGUUUACAAUGUUCAGCCAAAUGACCUCCAGCAUUGUUAUUUACGGCCCAGUUGUGCUCUCAUGCCCUUUAAUUGUAACAACGCCCUGUUUGCCCAAUAUAUAUACCUGGUUGCAGCUUAGAGGGAUUUCACAGACAUUUCUUGUGCAUGCAUUGUGCUGCAUGUUUCUUAGAGCAAGGUUCCGGUUUUGCUUUGGUUUCCAUAGGGCAUAUCAUGGCCAAUUUUGAUGACACACUAAAUACAAGAUUAACGUGCCAUUGUGCAACCUUGUUGAGGUUGUGGACCCUGUGCUAAUAUUGGAUCGCGUGUACCCUCCUGCUAUCAUCUGGAUUUUUUUGUUAAUUCGCUUCCUGACCUGUUUGAUCUUUUGUAGAAGCUUAUCGCAGACGCUAGAAACUAAAUAAAACGGGAGACCGACUUGGCUAAGUCUUGUAACCUGGUUGUUAAAGCUGCUUUCUACUUUGUGAGCACAAGAUUUAUUUAGUGCUUCCUUUAGACUCGUCAUUACAAAUUUGGAGUAGGCACUGUCAUACGAUAUCAACUGCUUGUUCAACCUUGACUGGUAUUCCCAACACACAUGUGUGUUCAUUAACGUGAGCUUCAAAUCCAAGAAACGAAUGCAGUUGUCACUUGGCCACUCACAUGUGAAGUUUAGAGCCUCUGAUGCAUUUCUAAAGGUGUUAAUUUCCAUUUCUACUGUCAAUUAUCCUUGACUGUGAUACCUCGUUAAUGACCACCAGGUAGUCGUCUACAUACCUAAGUACGAUAGGAGCACACAACUGAUCCAGAAUGCUAUUUACCCAUUUGUCAAAGGUGCUAAGAAAGAUAUCCAAUAGAAUAGGAGUGAGCGCCGAUCCAAUGUAAAUACCCUUUCGUUUGCGGGAAGUUUACGUAUACUGCUGGUUUUCGUAACUAACGACGGUGGAUUGAAGGUACAAGGUCUAAAGUUGUAGAAACCAGUCACUAUUCACUCCAGUUACACAACUGAACCUCAAUUCACCAAAGCCUUCUAUCUUUAAUGGCACGGAGUUCUUCUUCAUGAGGAACUGCAUAAUAUAAGUCGUUCACUGAAAACGCGCACAUACCACUCCUUGUCCCUUCUUCUAAAGUCUGCACAGCAAGGCUGAGGUGGGCGUUCUGGAAAUUUUUUUUUUCUCCUUUAGGGGCAAUAGUCUCCAAGAAGAAGACUUGGCAGAUGCAAGUAGGGCAAUACCUCAAGCACCAUUUAUGCCAAUGGCCUUUAGAUGACCCUUUCCUUGUGUGGAGCUCAACUGAAGCUGUGCAGACUUUAGAAGGGACCUGGAGUGGUGUUUAUGCAUUUUCACUGGAUGUGGAAGGCUUAUAUUAUGCAAUUCCUCAGGAAUGAGUACUCCAUGCCAUUAGGAAUAAGAUAAAAUACUUUGGUGAAUUUAGGUUCACUUGUGUAACUGGAGUGAAUAGUGACCAGUUUCUGGAACUUCUGAACUUUUACCUUCAAUCCACCGUCAUUACUUACGAAAACCAGCAGUAUGUACAGCACAAGGGUAUUGGCAUUUGAUCGUCGCUCACUCCAAUCCUAUCAGAUAUUUUCUUAGCACCUUUGACAAUGUGUAAAUAGCAUUCUGGAUCGGUCGUUGUCGACGACUACCUGGUGGUCGUUAACGAGGUACCACAGUCAAGGCUAGGUGACACAGUAGAAACGGUAAUUAACACUUUUAGAAACACGGUGGCAUCUCUGAACUUUACGUGUGAGCAACCAAGUGACACUUGCAUUCGUUUCUUGGAUUUGAAGCUCACAUUAAUGAACACGCAUGUGUGUUGGGAAUAACAGUCAAGAUUGAACAAGCAGUUGAUAUCGUAUGACAGUGCCUACUCCAAAUUUGUAAAAAGAGGAGUUGUAAUGACGACUAUUCACAAAGUAGAAAGCAGCUUUCACAACCAGGUUACAAGGCUGAGCCAAGCUGGUGUCCUGUCUUAUUUAUUUUCUAGCGUCUGGGAUAAGCUUCUUCAAAAGAUCAAACAGGUAAGGGAGGGUACAUAUGAUCCGAUAUUGGGACAGGGUGUCCUACAACCUGAAGAAGGUUGCACAAAGAAGGUUAAACUUGUCUUUAGUGCGCCAUGUAAAGUGACCAAGAUAUGCCCUAUGGUGACCAAAGCAAAACCAGAAUCUUGGUCUAAGAAACAUGUAGCGCAAUACACACAAUGCACAAGAAAUGUCGUCGAUGAAAUCCCCCUAAGCUGCAACCAAGUACAUAUUGGGCAAAUAGGGGCAUUGUUACAAUGAAAGGGCACGAGAGCACAACUAGGUCAUAAAAAACAAUGCAGGAAGUCAUUUGGCUGAACAUUGUAAACAUCACAAAUGCCGUCCACACCCUAAUCACGCCAAUUUUUUGGCACAUUCCGGAGAUAAGCUAGAAGAGAUUGCAAGAACGGAGGUCUGUUCAUUAGCUGCUCUUGCCAACAAAGAGAUUGCCUUUCUGAUGCAAUAGAGAGCUCAUAACAUCAUCAUCAGCACCACCCUAUUUUUAUGUCCACUGCAGGACAUACCAGUUACCCUUUCUUGCGCUAGCUGAGUCCAAUUUCUACCUGGAAGUUUCCUCAUUUUAUCACCCCACCUAGUUUUCGGUCGUCCUCGACUGCACUUCCAUUCUCUUGGCACCCAUUCUGUAACUCUAAUAUUCCAUUCAUGAUGUCCCAGUGGUAAAAUUCGUUUUUCAUGUAUAUAAACCUUGUUUCUUCAAAUAAAAUUUAAUUGGAAGAUAGCGCCCGUCCGUUGUACCUGUCUUCUUUUUGUCUUCGUCUCUUUUGUGCUGUAUUUUUUCAAGUAUGUUGCACCAACUCGCCCACAUCAAGCUCCUACUGCUUGUUUAUGUGAAAACUCAUUCGUGUAUGGACUGGGCAGAAAUGCACAAAGCUCACAUACGUAUUUUUGUCUGGACAUCGUCGGUAUGAACACAACCUACUUUACUUUAAAGAAGCCAGAUGCCCCGCGCACACUGGCUGCGAGACAAUUGCCAUGUCUGUUUUGCUGCAACAGUCAUGCAACGUCAAUGGAGGUGGGUUUUUCCAUUACACACUAGCUUCUUCAGCAAGUUCCCUUUCUGGACUCCUUUUCGGUUGGAUGUACAUUCUUAAAUGAGAUAAGCAUUAUUACCAAUUCCAUCAAUAGGAACCUGUCAUCACAGCAUGAGCCACGAGGUGCUUCAAGUUGCCCUUCAAUGUUUUCAAGAUAACUGCGAGAAUAACAGUACAGUUCAGAUUGACUGAAAGUUGAUUUUUUUGUGCUAUCAUUGCUUCUCUAAAUAAGUUCUAUCAAGAUGUGUUAUUACAGAUGGCUCACUUUGGUCCCGAACCCAGUAAUGAGGCUUGACUGCAUCACCAUUCCUAUUCUUGACCUUUUCAAAGCAGUUGGUAGGUUACUGUCUCGCUUCAUUUGGGGCCUCUUCUGUGAAGUGUCCAGGGGUGGGAUUUGAACUAGGGUACUUCAUAACCAUAUGCUCUAUCCAUAAGGCAACAAACAUAGAGUGAAUAAACGUUACCACUUUGCUGGAUUGACGUCUGCAUAACGUUGCAUACUUAUAAAGUAUUAUACAGAUUUUUCGAACUCCCUAAGGGCCGCGAAAACGUCCGAAAAAAUGAAUGCAUGCCUUUUACUGCCCCUAAUGGCUCAAACCGCCACAGGCACGUCCGAAAAAGCUCUGAAAGCCUGCCAGUACACUCAUUAGGCAUAUCGGUGCUCGUAUUGUGACAGGAAACAGCGGGUGCACACGUGUAUAAUUAAGGAAUACAUACUGUGACCCGUGACAAAUAUGUCCUUUCCCACUCUUGGUAUGCUUCACUGCAAUACUUUGUCGUGUGUUUCGCCGUGUUACACUGCUGCAUUGAGGCAAAGCUGACUUCAGUGGUGCACCGACGGGGAGGGGGGGGGGGUUCGGGCGUUGUAACCCCCCCCCCCCUACCCGUCCAGCCCCACCAGUCCAACAUGCACCUUAAGCGCCCUGUUCACAUUGUCAUUACAAUUCAGGAGGUGACUUGCGGUCGAAUUUUUAUGAUUAACGAAAACACUCUAUCAAUGUCUUGUAUUUAUUCAUUCACUCUUAAAUUCCUUUGAGUAAAAUGCUGAAGAAAUAAACAUCGUCAUCAUC